GCUAUUGUACAAGACUGAAUCGGAAUCGACCGUUUAUGAGAAAUCGCUAACCGUGCCGAUAAUGAAAGAUUGUCAACUAUGGCUGAAAAAUCAAAAUUCAUCAAUACAUUCCUAUCAUUUUCCAUCGAGAGAUUGUACCUGUUGGUUUCCAUGGUCGAGUUCGGAACAUGGUCUCGUUGUCGAUAUCAUUAGAUUGAACGUGCCGUGCUAUAGAGGAGAACUCCACUUUUCCGGUUUAAAUGUAAGCCAACAUCAGUACGCUAUUAGAAGCCAUCGUCAAGCGAGGGUUUGUGGAAAACUGGAGGAACUUUCCGAAACUGAUAGGCACAUUUAUUUCCCGCCCUCGCACACUCCACCGUUUCUCUACGUACGCGGAAAUCCCAUUUUCAAUUUAAAUUAUCAUCUCGUCGAUUACUGUUACAACGUUACGUUUACUUCGCGGAAUGGAUCCUUUGAGUUAAAACCAACGGGGGAGUUACAGUGCACGUUCAAAAUCUAUUUGCCAUACGGAAAUAGAAUAGCGUUAGUUUUAAAUAUAGGCGAUAGUACAACAACUGGCUUACCGAGUAAUAAAGAUUUUGGUAAAUUGGAAAACGUCGAUGGGAGUAAGUGUGAUGGAUUGUAUACGGAGUUACUUGAUGGAGAUAACGUAUGGAGUCAUUGUACGCGUCAUGGUGAUGCAGAACGAAAAAUCGAAGCUGUUUCAACGGAAAAUCGCGUUGUGUUAAAGAUUAGGUUAAGAUCUGGAACUAAAGGGGAUAUGUUAAGUCUUAAAAUGCGAUAUAGAGCUGAGCCAAUUGAGGAAAUCGUUAGAACGUGCGAGUUUGGUUGGGUUGCCUACCGACAAUUUUGUAUAUCACCCGCUGAAGAUAUGAAAUUACCUUGGAUACAAGCCGAAAUGGAAUGCGGGAGAAGAGGAGGUCAUCUAGUCAGUAUCAGAAAUGUUGAUGCUCAAAACAUAAUUGAAAAAAUUUUGCUAAAUAGCCCGGGUUAUCGAGAUUACAACGCCUACUGGAUUGGAGCGUCUGACAAAAUGCACGAAGGGGAUUUUCAUUGGACUGAUGGUUUACCGUUUUCAUUUACAAUACGUAUAUAAGGAGUUAUCUCGGCGAUGUGUGACUAAG